ACGUUGGAUUUAUUCUUGGUGCCCAUUAAUAUAUUGGACGUUGGAUUUAUUCUUGGUGCCCACUAAUACAUUGGACGUUGGAUUCUUGUUGCCCACUAAUAUAUUGGACGUUGGAUUCAUUCUUGGAUCCAUAGUUCGAACGAAUAUAGCAGUUCUUAAACAUCAAGCUCAAUUCAAUCUUUCACGAAACAUUACUUCACAAGAAACACCAAUUCUCCAAUCUGUCAAUGAAACGUUAAUUACUGUUCUACCGCCAAAACCUCUAAUGUCUGAUCAUGAACUGAGCCUUCAUAAGCAGUUAGAUCCUUCAUACUUUAAUAUUCAAACUCCAAUUAAUCUACAAGCUCUUCAGUUUCUUACAAAAUCACACCCUAAUCACCUAUUUAUUGA